AUCCUCCUUUUCCCCCCUCCCCCCUUCCCCCGUGUUAAUUAUUUUAGCCCCUCUCCCCUUUCGAUGUGCGGCUUUGGACAUGCGGAGGCUACUGCAACCGUGUUGGUGGAUCUUUUUCUUGAAAAUCACCAGCUCCGUGCUCCAUGAUGUGGUGUGCUUCCCCGCUCUGACCGAAGGUUAUGUUGGCUCUCUGCAUGAAAACAGACAUGGUAGUUCUGUGCAGAUACGGAGGCGAAAGGCUUCGGGAGAUCCUUACUGGGCGUACUCGGGUACCUAUGGUCCCGAGCACUGGGUUACUUCCAGCGAGAAGUGUGGAGGGUCUCACCAGUCUCCCAUAGACAUCGUAGACCAUCUGGCCCACGUUGGAGAUGAGUAUCAAGAACUGCAGCUUGAUGGUUUUGACAAUGAGUCUUCAAACAAGACUUGGAUGAAAAACACAGGGAAAACGGUUGCUAUCCUGCUGAAGGACGAUUAUUUUGUCAGCGGUGCCGGGUUGCCAGGAAGAUUCAAGGCAGAGAAAGUGGAGUUUCACUGGGGUCAGAGCAACGGAUCAGCUGGCUCUGAGCACAGCAUCAACGGCAAGAGGUUCCCUGUCGAGAUGCAGAUUUACUUCUACAAUCCCGAUGACUUUGACAGUUUUGGAACAGCAGUUCUAGAAAACAGGGUAGUAGGAGCCAUGGCUGUGUUUUUUCAAGUCAGUCAGAGGGACAAUUCAGCACUGGAUCCCAUUAUCCAUGGGUUGAAGGGCGUCGUACAUCACGAGAAGGAGACCUUUCUGGAUCCCUUUGUGCUGAGGGAACUUCUGCCAACUUCGCUGGGGAGCUACUACCGCUACACAGGUUCCCUGACUACUCCUCCGUGCAGCGAGAUCGUGGAGUGGAUCGUUUUUCGGAAGCCUGUUCCCAUUUCUUACCAUCAGCUGGAGGCAUUCUAUUCCAUCUUCACUACUGAACAGCAAGACCAUGUGAAGUCCGUGGAGUACCUGAGGAAUAACUUCCGACCACAGCAAAGCCUGAACAACAGGAAGGUAUCCAAGUCUGCUGUGAAGGAUGCUUGGAACCAAGAUAUGACAGACCUCUUGGAAAAUCCACUCGGCACAGAAGCUUCCAAAGCUUGCAGUACUCCUCCAGUGAACAUGAAAGUGCAGCCUGUGAACAGGACGGCGUUACUGGUAACCUGGAACCAACCAGAAACCAUCUACCACCCUCCGAUCAUGAACUACAUGAUCUCAUAUAGCUGGGCUAAAAAUGAAGAUGAAAAGGAGAAGACUUUCACCAAGGACAGUGACAAGGACCUGAAGGCCAUCAUUAGCCAUGUCUCACCUGACAUCCUUUAUCUGUUCAGAGUUCAAGCAGUUUGCCGAAAUGAAAUGCGUAGUGACUUUAGCCAGACUAUGCUCUUUCAAGCUAACACCACUCGAAUUUUCGAGGGGACCAGAAUUGUGAAGACAGGAGUGCCCACGGCAUCUCCUGCCUCCUCAGCUGACAUGGCUCCCAUCAGCUCUGGCUCCUCCACCUGGACCUCCUCGGGGCUCCCCUUCUCCUUCGUGUCCAUGGCCACAGGGAUGGGGCCUUCCUCCAGUGGCAGCCAGGCCACCGUGGCCUCAGUGGUAACCAGCACCUUGCUGGCAGGGCUGGGCUUCAGCGGUGGUGGCAUCUCCUCCUUCCCCAGCAGCGUCUGGCCCACCCGGCUGCCCACGGCGGCCGCCCCCAGCAAACAGGCGGGACGGCCCGUGGUGGCCACCACCGAGGCCGCCGCCGCCUCCCCGGGGCCGGAGCAGGACUCGGCACUGACCAAGGAUGGCGAGGGAGCUGAGGAGGGGGAGAAGGAUGAAAAGAGUGAAAGUGAGGAUGGGGAGCGGGAGCACGAGGAAGAGGAAGAAAAGGAUGCUGAAAAGAAGGAGAGAGACAGGGCGACAGCAGCCGCGGAGGCGCGCAAUAGCACAGAGCCCAGCGUGGCCGUGGCUUCCCCCAACCGGACUGCUGAGGAAGAAGGAAAUAAAACCAUAUCGGGUGAAGAGCCAAACCAAAACGUUGCCCCUGCGGCUGGAGGUCCCAAGGAGGAGAGUUUGGAUGAAGCCAACACUCAGCCCCAGCCGCUCCCUUCCACCCAAGUGCCACCAGCGUUCACCGAUGAACUGUACCCGGGCAAGAUCCCAAGAAGACCAGAGACUACAAGAAAACCUCCUCCAAAGGAGGACAGGUUUCCAGAGGAAUACCCCUCAGAUAACAAAUUCAUUACCAUUAAUCCAGCUGGCAAGAACAGCUCCAGCAUGGCCACGAGACCUUCUCCUGGUAAAAUGGAAUGGAUCAUCCCACUCAUUGUGGUCUCAGCACUGACCUUCGUGUGCCUCAUUCUCCUCAUCGCUGUGCUUGUCUACUGGAGAAAGUGUUUCCAGACUGCUCAUUUCUAUGUGGAGGACAGCAGUUCCCCCCGUGUGGUCCCCAAUGAAAGUAUUCCCAUUAUACCUAUUCCAGAUGAUAUGGAAGCAAUUCCAGUCAAGCAGUUUGUUAAACACAUCAGUGAGCUGUAUUCUAAUAACCAGCAUGGGUUCUCAGAAGACUUUGAGGAGGUGCAGCGCUGUACGGCCGACAUGAACAUCACUGCAGAGCAUUCCAACCACCCUGACAACAAGCACAAGAACAGAUACAUCAACAUCCUGGCCUAUGAUCACAGCAGGGUGAAGCUAAGGCCUUUACCGGGGAAAGAUUCUAAGCACAGUGACUACAUUAAUGCUAAUUAUGUCGAUGGUUACAACAAAGCAAAAGCCUACAUUGCUACCCAGGGACCUUUAAAGUCUACCUUUGAAGAUUUCUGGAGGAUGAUUUGGGAACAAAAUACUGGAAUCAUUGUCAUGAUCACAAACCUUGUUGAAAAAGGAAGAAGGAAAUGCGAUCAGUACUGGCCGACAGAGAACAGCGAGGAGUACGGCAACAUCAUCGUCACGCUGAAGAGCACAAACGUCCACGCCUGCUACACCCUGCGCCGCUUCACCGUCAGGAACACGAAGAUGAAAAAGGGUCAGAAAGGAAACCCCAAGGGGCGGCAGAACGAGAGAACGGUUAUUCAGUAUCACUACACGCAGUGGCCCGACAUGGGUGUGCCCGAGUACGCGCUGCCCGUGCUCACCUUCGUCAGGAGAUCCUCUGCAGCCAGGACCCCGGACAUGGGACCAGUGGUGGUGCACUGCAGUGCUGGUGUUGGCAGGACUGGUACCUACAUUGUGAUAGACAGUAUGCUGCAACAAAUAAAAGACAAAAGCACAGUUAAUGUCCUGGGUUUCCUGAAACAUAUCAGGACACAGCGCAACUACCUCGUCCAGACAGAGGAGCAGUACAUUUUUAUUCAUGAUGCCUUGUUGGAAGCCAUCCUUGGGAAGGAGACUGAAGUGUCUGCAAACCAGCUGCAUAGUUAUGUUAACAGCAUCCUCAUACCUGGCAUAGGAGGGAAGACACGACUAGAAAAACAGUUCAAGCUGGUUACGCAGUGUAAUGCAAAAUACGUGGAAUGCUUCAGUGCUCAGAAAGACUGCAACAAAGAGAAGAACAGGAACUCAUCAGUCGUGCCGUCUGAGCGUGCUAGAGUGGGCUUGGCACCGCUGCCUGGAAUGAAGGGAACAGAUUACAUUAAUGCCUCUUAUAUCAUGGGCUACUACAGGAGUAAUGAGUUCAUCAUAACACAACAUCCACUGCCACAUACGACUAAAGAUUUCUGGCGAAUGAUCUGGGAUCACAAUGCACAGAUCAUUGUCAUGCUGCCGGACAACCAGAGCCUGGCAGAAGAUGAGUUUGUGUACUGGCCAAGUCGCGAGGAAUCCAUGAACUGUGAGGCCUUUACUGUGACCCUUAUCAGCAAAGACAGACUGUGCCUCUCUAACGAAGAGCAAAUUAUCAUCCAUGACUUUAUCCUUGAAGCUACCCAGGAUGACUACGUUCUGGAAGUCCGCCACUUUCAGUGCCCCAAAUGGCCAAACCCAGACGCUCCCAUAAGCAGUACCUUUGAACUUAUCAAUGUAAUCAAGGAAGAGGCCUUAACAAGGGAUGGCCCCACCAUAGUUCAUGAUGAGUAUGGAGCUGUGUCAGCAGGAACGCUAUGUGCCCUUACCACUCUGUCCCAGCAGCUGGAGAAUGAAAAUGCUGUCGAUGUUUUCCAGGUGGCAAAGAUGAUAAAUCUUAUGCGGCCUGGAGUAUUUACAGACAUUGAACAGUACCAGUUUCUUUAUAAGGCAAUGCUAAGCUUGGUCAGCACUAAGGAAAAUGGAAAUGGUCCCAUGACACUGGACAAAAAUGGUGCUGUGAUGGCCAGUGAUGAAUCUGAUCCCGCAGAAAGCAUGGAGUCUCUUGUCUAAUUGGAAACCUGAAAAGGCACUUAAUUUGUAGAACUUCUGAAGACUGAGUGAACUUUUUUGAGGCCUUUUUUGCCAGACUCUAGGUUAUACAAUAACCCAAUUACUUUUUUACACUGAUAAAAGUUUUGAUAUUUAUUUUUUGCCAUUUUAUGUCUUAAUGGUAUCCUACUGAGCAUUUGCACCUCUGUUUAUUUCACACAGUGAAACGCAAUUUUAUCUAGUUUGCACUAUAUGAUCAGUGUUACUGCCUAUAAUACUCUAAUACAAGACAAGCCCUGAUGUGACAUUCCAUGACAACAAACAUACGCUUUUUUCUGUUUUGUUUAAAUGCAGUGAAGUUUUGCUAACUACAGUGACCCUCGAAUCCUAAAUCUUGAAUGCUAGGCCAGAUGGAUUCUUUCUACAACAGAUACUGUACCCCUUCAUACCAUAUUUAUUAUUUAAUGAUCAUGUCACAGUUUUGAUAACGGUGUUCUGCAUUCCAUGGAGUGGAUGAGCAGUGUUCAUCCUUUCUUGACAAAACGUGGCAGGUGAUUAUUAGCUACAGUGAAGCCUUGUGGAGCUGAAACAAUUAUUUCUGUAUUGUUUCAAAUUGCUAUUUUGUACACUUAAAGGCCUGAGACUUGCUUCACAUGGAAUAUAUGUUACAUACAAUAUAGGUAUAAAUUAGAUGCAAUUCAUAUUUGGGACACAGUGAUAGGUUUUGAAUUUACAAUUUCAAAGUUUCCCCAUGUAAUCAGAAAAAUGCUGAUUUUGGUUUAUAACCAACCCUGUGAUGGGAAAGUAUUUUGGUUUUAUUCUCAUCAGAGCCAAUACAGUGAGAAAUCUACUACAACCCAAAAUCAGACCUGUUUUCAGAUAUAUUAAAGGUAGCAAUAUUUUACAUUACUAAGCUAUUCAAUAUUU